AUGUGGAAUAUAAUCUCAAUUAAUCCAAUAUGUUAGAAAAAGAAAUUGGUUUCUGAUUAAGAGAGGUUAUUAUUAAAUUGUAAAAACAUGAAAAAGACAAUCAAUAAUGGAGAACCAUGGAAACCAUCUCAUUCGUUAUCUAAAGUUAAUAACAAAUAUAGUCAUUGUAAAUUAAUAUAUAAAAAUUAACAAAGAGGAAGAUAAUAAAAUCAUGCAUCAAAAUAAUAUAUUGUUAUCUAAAAUGAUGGAUAUUUAGAAACAUAAUUUAAGAAGUUAGAGUUCUGGAUAAUUACCAUUAUCAUUAUCACAUGUGAGUAAUCUUAAUUAACGAAAAUUCGAGAAAUACAAAAUUAACUAAGAAAAUCAAAAGUUUCUCUCUCGAUUACAAUCUGCUUCAUCAAUUUAUAAUAAAAAUUAUUGGUAACCUGAUAAUGAAAAGAAUGAAAUUUACAAAUAAAUUAUAUUAAAGAGAACAAGUUAUAUUUUAUUAUUAUUAUUAUUUUAGAACUCAAUUAAGAUUAUAAUGAUUUAGCUAGGAAAUCACUUGAAAGUAGAUCAACUGGAAGAAUGCUUUCAUGUAAUGACAUAUCAUUAUUUAAGCAGCCCAAUAAUUUAAACGUAGAUAGAUGUCUGAUGAAUAAUUUUAAUUCUAACAAUUACCAGAAUGAUUUAACAUUCACACAAUUAUAAGUAUUUUUAUUUUAAUAAGAUUAAUUAUCAUUUGAUAUCAUGAUUUCUUUUAUUAUUUAAUUUUUCAUCUUAACAUUGUUAAUUUAUUAUAUUUCAGAUUAAUUAUUUAAAUAAUAUGAUUAAAUAUAAAAGUAGAAGAGGAAUCCAAAUUUUAUUUGCUCUUAAACAUCUCAUUACUGCAAGUUUCUCUUAAGAUAUCUAUCUCAUAAUAAUAUCAGCUGUCAAUUUAAUAACUUUAAUCAUUUUGUUAAAGAGGAAUCUACAUUCAAUUUAGAAAUAUAUUAGAAUUUUACUUCUUUUAGAAUUAUGUUUCUUUGAUUAAUAGUUUGCACCACCAAUUAUUGCAUCUAUUAAUUUUAACAUUAAGUUUAAGAUCAUAAUACUGGUCUUUUAUUGUUGUCGAGUAAGUUUUAUUUAUUUCAAAGUUUUCCAAAUAAUAGAUUGGGUUUAUUUAGGAAUUCUAUUUGUAUCAUUUAUAUUCUAUAUCUAUUCCCAUGUAUCAAUUUAUUUAUUUUUAGGAUAGUAAAUAACUAAACAGUAAGAAUUAGAUAACAUCAGAAAGGAAAUUAUCAUAUCUAAAUAUAAACUCAUAGUCAGAUUAAUAGGAUGUAUUUGAUCUAUUUAAUUUUUUACCAUUUGGAAUUUGUAUUUUAGAUGAUAAAUAAAAUAUAACAAAUUCUAAUUAUAAAGCAAAAAAAUAUUGUUCAAAUAUUAAAGAAGAAAGUUUUUAAUCUUAAUUAUUUAUGAUGAUUUAAAAGUAAAAUUUAUCUUAAUUUUUAGGGCUUGUUUAUAAUAAUUGGAUAAGAAAUCUAUUUUUAAUUCUUCAGAAGAUUAGGUAUCUGAAUUUUAAAUGAAAAGAUUAUAAUCUUUCAGUUAAACCAGAAAAAAAGCACUUUCAUAAUAGAGAUAAUUUAGUAAUUUUAUUGAUAUAUCAUAAAUAAUAAAUAAACAUAAAACUAAUAGAGGAGUAUCUGAUAGUUUCAAUUAAAAUGCUCUUAAAUAUAGAGAUCCUAUUACAACAAAGACAUAUGAAAUAAAAAUAUAUGAAAUAUCUUCAGGUAGUAUGAUUUGUAUUCAAAAUAUUUCAAAAAAAGAAAGAUAAUUUGAAAUAAGAGAAAGAUUUAGAUUUUAAUCAAUGCUUAUCAAUUCUUUUUCUCAUGAAUUAAAAACUCCUUUAAAUUGUUCAUUAGCACUUUUAUAAAUAUUAGAAUAAGAAUUAAAAUCUGAAAAAUUAUAAUAAUAUAAAUAAAUUGAAUAAGCAUAUUUAAAACCUGCAAUAAUUUCAAAUAGAAAAUUAUUACAUUAAAUAAAUGAUAUUCUUGAUUAUGCUAAUUUUGAAGCAUCUACAUUUUAAUUAAGACCUUCUUAAUUUAAAAUAUCAACAUUAAUUUAAACAAUAGAUUAUUAUUUUCAAGAUGAAUGUAAAUAAAAAUAAAUUAAUUUUGUUGUUUAAACUUGUGAUGAUAGUACAAUAAAUAAUGAUUAUGAUAGAAUAGUUUAAAUUUUAGUAAACUUAUUAAAUAAUUCAGUCAAAUUUACUAAAUAAAAUGGAUUAAUAUAAUUCAAUAUUAAUAGAAUGGGAUCAAUUUAUUCAUUUGAAGUGUUUGAUACUGGUUGUGGAAUUUCUGUUGAAAAACUCUAUUUAAUAAAUAAAAUCUUAUAAAAUUAAGAAACUGAUAUCUUAAAAAGAGGAGAUGAAGAUUAUAUAUAAUAUGUUGGACUUGGAUUAAAGGUUUCAAGUUAAAUUGCAUUAAAAUUAUGUCAUAAAGGUGAACUCAUAAUUACAAGUUCAUUAAAUUAAUUUACAAAGGGACGUUUUUAUGUAUAAGAUUUAAAUACUUAAGAAGAGAUUCUUACAAUACCAACUGAUGAAUAUAUAUAGAUACCAUAUUAAAGUAAAACCAAAAAAUAAUGUCAUUGCAGCCAUGUUUUGAUUGUAGAUGAUAUUCCUUUUAAUCAUUUAGCAUUCAUUACAGUGUUAAAAUAUUUUAAUAUAAAAUGUGAUAGUGCUUAUGAUGGAAUUAUGGCUAUAGAAAUGGUUAAAAAGAAGUAUGAUUCUUGUUAAUGUGGAUAUAAAUUAAUUUUCAUGGAUAUAGAUAUGCCUGGUAUUGAUGGUUAUUAAUGCAGCAAAGAAAUUUCAUAAUUUUUAUAAUAGAAGAACAUUAUUUCAUUCAUUAUUAUGUGUAGUGCUUUCGAUAGCAAAGAAAAUAUUGACAUAGCUUAUAAAUCAGGUAUGAAUGAUAUCUUGCCUAAACCAAUAGAUACACAACAACUUAAAAAAAUACUCAGCAAAUAUUAUUUUUGA